AUGUUGCGCUCCACGGCGCCCAGCUCCUUCUUGAGCACGUCCGUGAGCGUCGCGAUCUGCGCGCUCGGGUCGUCGCCGAUGAUGGACUUGCGCCCCACCAGCUCCUGCAGCUCGCGCAGACACAGCUCCUGCUGCCGCAGCUGGUCCGAUACCUGCUGCGCCACGCGCGCGUCGCGCGACAGCGGCCGCGAGGAAGCGAUGGAGGAGGCGACGCUGCGCGCCAAGAUUCAGGCCAUGAAGAACCUGCUGGAGGUCAAGCGCCAGCGCGCGGGGCCGUCUCCGCCCCCCACGUACCCGACGCACCGCCACGCGCACUACGCGCCUACCAGAAGGUACGCGCGCGCGACGCCGUCGGGGCCCGUGAACCGCUCGUGGAAUCGCUUCCCGCCGCCCAGCACGAGCCCCAGCCCCAGCCACGUCGGAGGCGCCAGCGCCAACAAGGUCUGGAGGAGAGAGGACGCUGCGUCUGCGGCCACGUCGCCCCCCGCGGGGGCAGCGGUGAGGAGCAGCACGCCGCCCAGUGCGCCGCUGGGCGCGAACAAGACCAAGAGCAUGCAGCUGCAGAUGCUGCGGUUAGAAGACGGCGAGUAUUCGAAGGCGAAUGGCGGAUCUAGCCUCGUCCGCGCGGGGGUGAAGAAACCAACGGUUGUGUGGAUGGUGGUUGUUGCUGAUAUUUGUGUCAUUGUGUGUGGAACUGCAGGCUACUGCAAGAACAAGGACGCGUGCAGGUUCAUUCACGACAGCAGGCGAGUGGCGAUGUGUCGGAAGUUCCUAAAGAACGAAUGCAGCGACCCGAAGUGCUUGCUGUCGCACCAACAUGACGAGGUGGAGAGACCGACUGACUUUCGCUUUGCUCACGCUCGCUCACGGCUCAGCGCAUUAUUGCGCGCUUAG